GGCGCGAGUAGGAGGAGGAGCUGUGGUGGUGCUGCCGGUCCCCGGGGAGAGGAGGCGCGGGCGGCUCCGGGACCAGGGAGCCUGGUGACGCGGCGCGCCCAGGCCCGGGUCGGGUUGCCUAGGCGCUGCCGCGGCGGCAGAUGCUGCUGCAGCUGCUGCUGGGUCGGGGACUUCGAGUCAUGGCCUCGGCCUCGGCUUCCUCCUCUAGGAAGGAGGCGGAGGAGAGGCACCGGCCAGACAGUGUGAGCGUGCUCACCUUCGUCCUGCUGCUCACGCUCACCAUCCUCACCAUAUGGCUCUUCAAGCACUGCGGGGUGCACUUACUGCAUGAGACCGGGCUGGCCAUGAUGUGUGGGCUCAUCGUUGGGGUGAUCCUGAACUAUGGUACCCCUUCCACCAGUGGCCGCAAAUCACUCAACUGCACUCAGGAAGAUCGGGCCUUUAGCACUUUAGUAGUGAAUGUCAGAGGUAAGUUCUUCGAAUACACUCUGAAAGGAGAGAUCAGCCCUGGCAAGAUUAACAGCCUAGAGCAGAAUGACAUGCUAUGGAAGGUAACAUUCGACCCAGAGGUAUUUUUCAACAUUCUUCUGCCUCCAGUUAUUUUCCACGCUGGAUACAGCUUAAAGAUACACUUUUUUAGAAAUCUCGGGUCCAUCUUCUUGGGGUCUGUUGUUUCAUGCUCCCUUAUUGGAAAUCUCAUGUAUGGUAUGGUGAAGCUCAUGAAGAUUAUGGGACAGCUCUCAGAUAAAUUUUACUACGCACAUUGUCUCUUUUGAGGAGUAAUCAUCUCUGCCACUGACCCAGUGACUGUGCUGGCGAUAUUUAAUGAAUUGCAUGCAGACAUGGAUCUUUAUGUACUUCUGUUUGGAGAGAGCAUCCUAAAUGACGUUGUUGCCCUUGUACUUUCCUCAUCUAUUGUUGCCUACCAGUCAGCAGGACUGAACUCAACUCACGCCUUUGAUGCUGCUGCCUUUUUAAAGUCAGUUGGCAUUUUUCUAGGCAUAUUUAGUGGCUGUUUUACCAUGGGAGCUGUGACUGGUGUUGUGACUGCUUUAGUGACCAAGUUUACCAAACUGGACUGCUUCCCCCUGCUGGAGAGGGCGCUCUUCUUCCUCAUGUCCUGGAGCACAUUUCUCUUGGCAGAAGCCUGCGGAUUUACAGGCGUUGUAGCUGUCCUUUUCUGUGGAAUCACACAAGCUCAUUACACCUACAACAAUCUGUCGGUGGAAUCAAGAAGUCAAACCAAGCAGCUCUUUGAGGUGUUACAUGUCCUGGCAGAAAACUUCAUCUUCUUCUGCAUGGUCCUGAUGCUAUUUACCUUCCAGAAGCGCGUUUUCAGCCCCAUUUUCAUCAUUGGAGGUUUCGUUGCCGUCUUCCUGGGCAGAGCUGCCCAUAUUGACCCACUCUCCCUCUUCCUCAACUUGGGCAGAAGGCAUAAGAUUGGCUGGAAUUUCCAACACAUGAUGUUUUCAGUCCUCAGGGGAGCAAUGGCGUUUGCGUUGGCCAUCCGUGACAUGGCAUCCUAUGCUCGCCACAUGAUGUUCACCACCAUGCCUUUCAUCAUGUUCUUCACCAUCUGGAUCAUUGGAGGAGGCACGACACCCAUGUUGUCAUGGCUUAAUAUCAGAGUUGGCCUCGAGGAGCCUUCCAAAGAGGACCACAAUGAACACCACUGGCAGUACUUCAGAGUUGGUGUUGACCCUGAUCAAGAUCCAUCAGCCAACAACGACAACUUUCAAGUCUUACAAGGGGACAGCCCAGAUUCUGCCAGAGGAAACCGGACAAAACAGGAGAGUACGUGGAUAUUCAGGCUGUGGUACAGCUUUGAUCGUAAUUACCUGAAGCCCAUCCUCACACACAGUGGCUCCCUGCUAGCCGCCACUCUCCUGCCUGGUGUAGACACAGCGGCUCUCCGCUAACCUCCACUCUCCUGCCUGGUGUAGACAUAGCGGCUCCCCGCUAACCGCCACUCUCCCUCCUGGUGUAGACACAGCGGCUCUCUGCUAACCGCCACUCUCCCACCUGGUGUAGAGACAGUGGCUCUCCUAACCGCCACUCUCCUGCCUGGUGUAGCUUGCUAGCUCGAUGUCUGACCAGUCAUGGAGGUGUACGAUAACCAAAAGCCGCUGAGAGAGGGAAACUCUGAUUUUAUUCUGACUGAAGGCGACCUCACAUUGA